GUCCAUUUGGGUAUUUCGACGUACCGAGCUUUCGCUCGAACUGGCCAAAAUAUUCAUCACAGUUACUGAUGCGCUUUAUUUACAUUUUUAAAAAAAAUAGGCUAUCAUGGCAUGCUGUUUACUAAAUAAAGACACUCGCUUAAGAGUGAGUUCGGUUCUAAGAAGAGCAGUGAAGGAGUAUGGGCCGAGACAUCUUGUUGAUGGGGAGGACGACACAUGCUGGAACUCUAAUCAAGGUUCUCCACAGUGGGUAGAAGUUGACAUGGACUCAUUAUCCAAUGUUGAAGAAAUUCAGAUUCGAUUUCAAGGUGGAUUUGCUGGAAAGGACUGCAGUGUACAGACAACUGAUGAAAAUACUGAAAACCACACCGUCAUGGAAUUUUAUCCAGAAGACGUGAACUCCUUACAAAGCUUUAAACUACCAAGUGUUACUUCUCUGAAGAAAUUCAAAAUAAUUUUCAGCAACAGUACGGACUUUUUUGGCAGAAUCACCAUUUAUGAAUUAAAAGUCCUAGGUGCUUCAAUUUAACACAGUUUCUUUUCAUUCAAAUGACAGGAGAUGGUACACUGUA